AUGACACAAGACGUCCCGCAUUGGCGGCUGCAGGAACAGGUCCCGGAGUCAGCUGCACCACCAGCGCCGUUGUCCACCCCGACUUCCAAUCCGCACCAGAAUUCCCAGGCCCCGAGUCCCACCGCUAAGGACGAUCAUCGGCAUUUGUUAGCAGCACCCCGUGGCAUAACCACAACCACAACCACAACCGCGAUCCCAACCGCGACAUCAACCAGCGCUGUCCCUAAUUCGGAUUUAUUUGCACCUUCUGCGACUACGAACAUCGAACAAGGCCACGAUAUCAACGGAACAGUCCCCGAUUCUGCUCCUACCGGUGGCGUAGAAACCGCAAAGGCGCCAAGUGGAAGCAUCCAGACCGGUAGCUCAACGGCGACCGGGGCUUCUAGCGAGCAGCCAACGACGGUCACCCAAGUGCCGGGGUCCUCCACUCCGACCACUGACGGACCCCCGCCUACCUCUACGCUCAAUGGGCAGCCCCCGCAGCCCCAGAGACCGCCCCAGGUACCCGCUCCGUCGCCGACCUCAAUUCCAGACGCGACAAAUUCUGCCGCGACUUCGACCUCAACCACGACUCCUGCGAACGCGACUCUUUCUGCGACCGACCCUGCGACCACGACGAUCCCGAGUACCACGACUACAGCCUCUGCUCGAUCCAGCUUCAGGGAUCCCAUUCGAUGGAGAGACCCCCUAACGGUACAUUACGACAGUAACAGUGGCCACGCUCACCCGGCAAGACUCCACGCCCAGCCCGCGCAUCCAUCCUCAGCAUCAUCGCAGUUGCCGCCGCCGGCGCAAUUGAAGUACGAACCGAGCCGGCAGCACCAAGAGCAUCCCGCACCGCAACCUCCAUCCCAAUCACAACCUCCCGCCCACGAUCCUCCAGCACGACCGCACCAUUACAACCAACCAUCAUAUCAAUUCCAUCCUCAACCUUACCAUACGCAACCCCCGCUCCAGCCCGCCCCGGCGCCGGUCCCCUCGACCCAACUGCCGCCGCCUGCGCCUUCUCAACCACAGUCAUACCAACACCACCUUCAAGCCUCCCAACACCAACACCAAGCUCCGCCGCCCGCGCAUCCCCAGCAACAUUACCAGCAUUCGUAUCUUCUCGGUGAUCCUCGGCAUCACCCUCCUCCGCCUCCCUCCCAGCAGCAAUACCACCCACACGAGCCACGAUAUACAUCUCGUAACGACGGCUUGAUCUCAAAGCCUAUCAUCAUGGAUCCGCCCAGAUCGCGGCCCGUGAGCCAGCCGCCGCCACAGGCCGAGCCGGUUCCUAGCUCCGGGUUCCCUUCGCCAGUAACAACACACGCACAUCUCAACAAGAAGUUCGCAGAUGACUGCACACGCUUGACCUAUGCGAUUCAACAGAGCACACCCGACGCCGUUCGGCGCGUCUUUCGGGAUAACUGGGAGAAGUGUAUGUUGGGCACCGAGUUUCAUCAAGCCUUUAUUCUCAACGCAUCAAUACAUCACGCCGUACCAUCCAUCACCCGCCGCGCAGUUAGAGACUUUGGGCAAAAGAUGGUUCUCGAGUCCAAGCACGAGUUGAUCAGUCACUUCUCGACAGCUGAUCUUGAUGAUGUUUCCGACGCUAUCAUCAACAAGGCAAGCGAUGCCUUUCUAGACAAGUGCCUAAAUGCACGCCUCCUGACGAUAGAGGCAAAACCUUUGAUCACGGCCCUUGCCCGGGCUGAGCGUCUUGGUUACAACCCCGCGGAUGUCGUGGAAGAGCAGCAUGAAAGGGUCAUGCCUACUACGCAGGCUGCUCGACCACCUCCUCCUCCACCAUCCCAGUCAACUCACGCUGGCCGUUUGCAAUGUAUGGGCUGCUACAGAAUAUUCACACAUCAAGCUCCCUACGAAUACCAUAUGAGCCGUCAACUUUGCGCCGUCCCUCCCCCGACGAGCGUAAAAGGCUUCGAGUUUUCCUGCCAGCAUUGCGGCGAAGGGUUCACCAGAAGUGAUGAGCACCAAUCACAUGAACGCGCCCAAACUUGCUUCCACGCUGGGCCAGCUUCGCAUCGAGGACCCGGUCGCCCUCCUCGUGCGGUUCCGCAACCCCAGCCAGUUCCUUCAUCUGUCGUCCCCUUGACCCAAGUGCAGGCAACACCAGCAGUAACCCGGACGGUAGACCUUACAUCGGCUGGCUCGACACCCUCCGCCGAGACACCCGCCGUCAGCAAGACUCCUAACCCAGCUGACCCUUACGGUCACUUAACUCAGGAGCAGCUAGCGAUGAUGGACGCUGACCUCAAGGAAGCAGAAAAAAAGUUUGCGCCGAGAUUCGCCGAAGCCUACGCGAUACCCGACGAGAAUGAGCGGCGGAUCAAGAUCGAAGGACUACGGAACAGCUUCGGCACCAAGCAAUCGAUGAUCAGGAAGAAGUACGGAGUUCGCCUGCGUCAACGCCGGACAAAGGCAGAAAUCCAGGCAGAAGAGGAGCGAAUGGGUCUCGAGAAGCUCAAGAAGAGACAGAAAGCGGAAAAGGCUGCGGCCCAGCAAGCUGCUGCUCCUGCUUCUGCUUCCACUGGGGCGGCUCCCCCUCGUCCUACCGGUAGCGGUUGGGUUGCGGCUAACGCACCACGUGCCAAUGCCGUUUGGGAGGAACACAAGGCUAAGAGAAGGCGGAUGGACGCAAGCGGAACCUACCAGACGCCUACCAAGUCGACACUAUCCGUUUCUGAGAUCGGUGGCGGUCUAGCUGGUGCCGCGGCUACGGCCGAGGUUCACGAUCCUACACGCCCGCCACCUGCGUUGAACUACCUAAGUGCCAACAGCAACGGCCAAUCGGAUGAGGAGGAUGAAGAUGAGAGUGGCUCGGGGUCAGGGAGCCCCAGCACCGCCAACGACGAGAUGGACAUCGAUCGCCAACUGGGAAGCGAGCCCGCCUCGAGACCAGUUCAAACUAACUACAACAGUAACCAUAACGACGACGAUGACGAUUCAGACUCCUCUGAUGACGAAGAUAUCCCCUCGACACUACCAGCGCAUGUCAGGCAGACUCUGACAACGAGGAACGCCUAG